AUGCCUGUGACCAAGUUUACUACACCAGAGAAAUACAAGUACCAAAAUGGCUUUCAGUCAUACCACGAAUCCGAAGCCAUAGAGGGCGCUCUUCCAAUCGGUGGAAACUCACCUCAAAAGCCUCCCUUUGGACUCUACGCAGAGAAACUGUCAGGAACAGCUUUUACAGCACCCCGCCACGAGAACCAGCAGUCAUGGCUGUACCGAAUUCUCCCCUCCGCUUCACACUCUCCUUUCCAUCCUCGCGAAGCCUCCUCAUACAAUACCAACCCAGAAGGCGAGAAGAUGCAUCAGAUACCAGAUCAAUUGCGCUGGGAUCCAUUCGAUAUGGACGAGACUGUCGAUUGGAUACACAGUCUAAAGCUUGUCGCUGGAGCCGGUGAUCCUACGAUGAAAUCUGGGCUCGGAAUCUUCAUAUUCGCUGCAGGCAAGAGCAUGAAGGAGAACGAGGCAUUCUACAGUGCUGAUGGAGAUUUCUUGAUUGUGCUGCAGACGGGAGUCCUAGAUAUCCAGACAGAACUUGGAAGACUAUUAGUACGACCAAAUGAGAUCUGUGUCAUUCCAAGAGGAAUCAGAUAUCGAGUCGAAUUACCAAAAGGUCCAGUUCGAGGAUACAUCUUAGAGCUAUAUCAAGGCCACUUCCAACUCCCAGAACUCGGUCCAAUCGGUUCAAACUGUCUCGCCAACGCUCGCGACUUUCAAGCACCAGUAGCCUGCUUCGACGAAGACACAACCGGCAAAUACACCUUAAUCUCCAAAUUCAACGGUCACCUCUUCGCAGCCGAGCAAACACACACCCCCUUCGACGUAGUAGCCUGGCACGGUCUCUAUUACCCUUACAAAUAUGACCUCGGCCGCUUCAACACCAUCGGCUCCAUAUCCUUCGACCAUCCAGACCCCUCCAUCUUCACUGUUCUCUCCGCUCCCUCACCAACCGUCGGCACCGCCAUCGCAGAUUUCGUAAUCUUUCCACCACGCUGGCUAGUCGGCGAAGACACAUUCCGCCCCCCUUGGUACCACCGCAACACCAUGUCCGAAUUCAUGGGUCUCAUCGGCGGCGAAUACGAUGCCAAAACCGGCGGUGGCUUCCAACCCGCUGGCGCAAGUCUCCAUAACAUCAUGAGUGCUCACGGCCCCGACGCGGAUUCCCAUGCUAAAGCUAGUAAUGCGGAGCUUAAACCGGUUAAGAUUGGAGAGGGCAGCAUGGCGUUUAUGUUUGAGAGUUGUUUGAUGGUGGGCGUUACCGAGUGGGGUCUUAAGACUUGUAAGAAGGUACAGGGAGAUUAUAAUGAACAUAGUUGGACUCCACUGCCGGCGCAUUUUAAGAUGGGGGAGGGAAUGAAGAGGGUUAGUCAUUUGGUCGAGGGUGGUGAGGGGAAGUGA